AUGGCAAACGAUUACGAACAAGCUGUGAUGUUUGCUAUGAUAAACGUUGAAAGACUAGGAGCUCAAAAUAUUAGACAACCGUUUGGUGUUAAGGUAAAUCCUUUUUUGGCAUUGUCGGAUACAGCAUUUGUCAAAACUUACAGAUUGAGUAAAAAAUUGACAAAUUAUUUAAUCGAGUUAGUCACUCCAUUUAUAAAACAGCCAAAAUGUUCGUCGGCAUUGAGUGUUCAAGAUAAGGUUUUAAUCACAUUGCAAUUUUUUGGAACUGGAUCGUAUCAAUUACCUACUGGUAAUAGUAGAUAUAGUGCUGUAUCUCAAUCUUCUGUAUCACGCAGCAUUAGUGAAAUAACUAAUGCACUUAAUCAACCAACUAUUUUUAAUAGUAAGGUCAAAUUUCCCAAAAAUAUUGAAGAAUUGAGAAAGUUACGAAAUGAAUUUUACAUGAAAACAGGAUUUCCUGGAGUUUGUGAAUGUAUAGGUUGCACUCGUAUUGCUAUUGUUGCUCCAUCAGGAAAUCUAGGAGCAAAAAAUAAUUAUCCUGAACACAUUUAUGUAAAUAGAAAAAAUUAUCAUUCAAUAAAUACACAAUUAGUAAGACACUUUAAUAAUAUACACAUAUUAUACAAUGUGUCCCAGGGGGAAGUAACUAGAGGUGUUCCGGGUACAGUUUUUACUUAUAAACCGGGUACCGAGUAUUUGUCGAGUAACAAUAUCUGUUAA